AUGAGAAUUGCAAUAUGCAACGAAAUGUUUGAAAAUUGGAAAAUCGAAGAUGUUUUCACCUAUGCCGCUGAGCUCGGUUAUGAGGCGGUUGAGAUCGCACCCUUCACUUUAGCGGACUCAGUCCUUGACAUCAGCGAGAGCGAACGGACACGCAUCCGCAAGGCAGCAGAAAGCGCGAAGAUAGAGAUUGCUGGGCUUCAUUGGCUACUCGUCUCACCCCCCGGACUGUAUAUUAACCACCCGGACGCAGAUAUUCGGAAAGAAACGCGGGACUAUUUCCUCGCGCUGAUUAACUUAUGCGCCGACUUAGAUGGCAAAGUGAUGGUGAUCGGUUCACCCCAACAACGAAAUGUGAUGGAACCUCUCUCGUUUGAAGAAGCUUGGGAAUACGCGCUGGCGACUUUUUCAGAAGGUGCAGAACUGGCAGGUGAAAGAGACGUGAUGUUGUGCAUGGAACCGCUGUCGAGCGAUCAGACGAACUUCAUCACGCACCCAGACAAAGCAGUCGAGAUGGUGAACGCCGUUAAUCAUCCGAAUUUUCAGAUGAUUCUGGAUGUGUGUAGCACUGCGAAAGAGGGAUUGGAUAUGCCGACGCAGAUCCGCAACUGUGCACCGCACGUCGCACAUUUCCAUUCCAACGACGAUAACGGUUACCUACCGGGCUCUGGCAGUGUGGACUAUCCACCAAUUAUUGAGGCACUGAAAGAGAUUGAUUACAAGGGUUAUGUCUCGACGGAGGUUUUCGACUUCAAACCGGAUCCGCAAACGAUUGCAAAACAGAGCAUUGAAUUUGUGAAGUCACUGCUGUAG